AUGACCGAGACAGAGAUGAAGGUAGAUGCCGUCAGAGCCAAGGCUCUCGUCUCACAGCUGCAAGACGUGCAGCAAAGGAUUGCAUCAGUGGCCAAGGGCCGGAAUGUCAGGCUGGUGGCAGUGUCCAAGCUGAAGCCCGCCAACGACAUCCUCGCACUGCACGGCGAGCCGGCGCGCCAGGUGCACUUCGGCGAGAACUACGCGCAGGAGCUGAGCCAGAAGGCGGAGCUGCUGCCGCGGUCCAUCCAGUGGCACUUCAUCGGGGGCCUGCAGUCGACGCACUGCAAGUCGCUGGCCAAGAUCCCCAACCUCUUCGUCGUGUCCAGCAUCGACAGCGCCAAGAAGGCGCAGCUGCUCAACAAGGCCCGCGGCGAGCUCAUCGCCUCCGCCGCGCCGGCCGCCGCCGCCGUCCCCAGGCUCAGCGUGCACGUGCAGGUCAACACCUCGGGCGAGGAGAGCAAGUCGGGCGCCGCGCCGGGCGCCGACGUCGUCGCCCUGGCCAGGCUCAUCCUGACCGAGUGCCCGCACCUGCACCUCCUGGGCUUCAUGACCAUCGGCGCCAUCGCGCGGAGCGUGGCCACCACGGCCGAGACCGAGAACGAGGACUUCGUGCGCCUCAAGGAGCAGCGGGACCUCGUCGCGGCGGAGCUGGGCGAGCUGCUGGCUGCCAGGGAGGACCAAGGGGAGUUGGAACUGAGCAUGGGCAUGAGCGAGGAUUUCGAGGGCGCCAUCGCCAUGGGCAGUAGCGAAGUCAGGGUGGGCAGCACAAUUUUUGGGGUGAGGGGCCCCAAGUCAGAGGCCAAGAUUGUGGUAUGA